GCGGCUCGGCUCAGCCAAUGGCGCUGCAGCGGCGGGGCGAAGGCGUUUCGGUCUUGCUCGGAAGAGAAGUUCUCUAACAGCGCGAGCCCAGCACUGCUCAGAAAAGACAGAUAGAGAAUCAGGCGGCUGCAAAGGGUGGCAGUACGACCCUCUUUUGGGGGGGUCUGAUUAUAACAAAAUAUAUACACACACAUAUAUGCAUGCCCAGGGCCGCGAGAUAGGUCAUAUGCCGAUUGUAGAUAUUUUAGCAAACAUCUAGAGGUCUAUCUAUACAUUUCAAAAUGCCUAUUUUACUUUUUCUGAUAGACACGUCCGCUUCUAUGAAUCAGCGCACUUAUUUGGGUACGACGUUUCUGGACAUUGCUAAAGGCGCGGUUGAGAUCUUUAUGAAGCUGCGUGCCCGAGACCCGGCUAGUAGAGGCGACAGGUACAUGCUAGUUACAUUCGAUGAUCCACCAUACGGCGUAAAGGCGGGUUGGAAAGAGAAUCAUGCCACAUUCAUGAGCGAGCUGAAGAACCUGCAGGCAUCUGGAAUGACUACACUAGGUCACGCUCUCCGCGCCGCCUUCGACCUGCUCAAUCUCAACAGACUCGUCUCUGGCAUCGACAACUAUGGUCAGUACACUGUAGAGAUAGCAGCUGGUGCCGUGCCAAAGUGCCACAGCUCAGCUCAGCCUGUGGGCACUCCUCCACGAUCUGCCCAUCCUCUGGUGCGGUUUUCCUGUAUCGACUGUGAGCCGAUGGUUAUUGACAAGCUGCCUUUUGACAAAUAUGAGCUGGAGCCAUCACCGCUCACCCAGUUUAUCUUGGAGAGGAAAUCUCCUCACAUGUGCUGGCAGGUGUUUGUGAACUGCAGCGGCAAACACAGUGAUUCAGCACACCCGUUCGGCUACCUGAAAGCCAGCACUACGCUCACCUGUGUCAACCUCUUCGUCAUGCCUUACAACUAUCCCGUCCUGUUGCCACUCCUCGAUGAUUUGUUUAAAGUGCACAAGCUAAAGCCAAACCUCAAGUGGCGGCAGGCCUUUGAAAUGUAUAUGAAGUCCAUGCCUCCUUACUUUCUCUUGCCUCUCAAGAAGGCGCUGAGGAUGAUGGGAGCCCCAAAUCUCAUCUCUGACAACAUGGAUUGUGGCUUGAGCUACAGUGUCAUUUCCUACCUAAAAAAACUCAGCCAGCAGGCAAAGAUUGAGUCAGACCGUCUGAUUGUGUCUGUCGGGAAGAAGCCUCCUCAAGAGACGGGCAUCAAGGUUAAGAACCACUCAAGUGCCCUGUCUCUGGCACACCGCCGCGAUUUCAAGCAGCUCCUGCAGGGCAUCACAGGCGAGGUACCCCUCCGACUCAUCGACAUGAACUUCAAAGAGUUCGCUGGUUUCCAGAUUGCACUUCUCAACAAGGAUUUGAAGCCCCAGGCCUAUAGGAACGCUUAUGAUAUUCCACGACGGAACCUUCUAGAUCAAGUGACUCGGAUGCGUUCCAAUCUUUUAAGGACAACACAGAAGCUAAUCAGAGGCCAGGAUGAUGACUCCUUGCACAGUAUUCCAGUGGGGCAGAUGGGAAAUUAUCAGGAGUAUCUGAAGAUGAUGCCAUCACCUCUGCGUGAGAUUGAUCCAGACCAGCCCAAACGACUGCACACAUUUGGCAACCCAUUCAAGCAGGACAAGAAGGGAAUGAUGAUCGAUGAAGCAGAUGAGUUUGUGACAGGCCCACAAAAUAAAAAGCGGGGUAACACUGGGGAUCUUAACUCAGGCACCGCCCUGAAGAGGAGGAGGAGUAUGUCCCCUCUGCUGCGCCGGCCCCAAACUCCUCCAAUAAUAACCAAUCAUGUCCUCAGCAAGGGCCCCACUGGGACUCAGGGCCAGCAAGGAAUCAUUAAACCCAUCCUACUACACAAAGGAUCUGAAGGAAACAGUGUAGGAGGCACAGAAAGCAAUGGGGAGCGAGCGCCAGGCGGGGAGGCUGGAGACGGGUGGCCUGGAGGAGUGGAUGGAGAGGGAGGAGCACCUGCACCUGUGGAGGACACAGGAGAGGUGGGGACACCAGACGGCGAGGAGGAGAGAAUAGGACUGGAGAACUGUCUGGAUGAGAGACCCUCAGAUCUCACACAAAACUGUGAGGACCUGAGUCCCCUGAGCCAGGAGGGGGCGGUGGAGGGCAAUGGAGGAGACACUCCGACGCCGGGCACAAUUGUUAUGAUUCCCCUUGAGGGGAGUAACGCGGAGCUGCGCACUCGAGUCCUCAAAGAAGUCCGCAAGCCUGGCCGCAAUUAUGAGACAAUAUUCAGGUUACUGGAGGAGGUGAAGGGGCCAGUGACAGUGCAGAGGUACUUUAUUCAUCAUGCCAUCAAAGAGGCAGCCAGGUUUAAGAAGCGUAUGCUGAUCCAGCAGCUGGAGAGCGCUCUGGAGGAGACUGAAGACCGACAGAUGCUGCCCACACAACUCAACAACGUCCACAGCAGAUAGUGGGACAUCACAUCUCACCGCUGAGACACACACGAGACGACAGAGAAGCGGCAGCGCAGGCCGACCCAUCAGCCUCAGUACUGUGCUUUAGGAGGAGACGUAGCGAGGGAGAGAGUAAAUUAGAGAGGACGGAGGCCUGUCUGGCUCACGCUCCGGUCCAGGCGCUUCCAGUUACUGAAUUGUGUCACUACUCUGAAAGAGUGCUCACAAUGGAGCAAUUGAACGUUCCAGGUUUGAUGAAUUAUUCUGUCAAUUUGCAGGCUUUCCGGGCCUGAAAGUGGCCAUAAUUUAACCAUAAGAUAAUGAAUAAGCACACUCCAGAAAAGCCAAGCCUCAUCCACUGUGUGAUUUUACAGGGUCAUCCGAGGCAGAGGUCAGCGUCUGUCACGUGAAGUAUGUUUAUAUAUUAUGUCUGUCCACUGUUAUUUGGCAUCAGUGGAUAGUUCAGAGCUGAUAAUAGUAUGGAAAAUCUAUGAUGGAUUUGUGUUUGCAUGAAAUGUCCACAAGUCAUGGGGUUAACAACACAGUUGGACCUUUAAAGCAUUCUGGAUUGGGAAGUACACUAUUGUAGACUCAAUAGCAAUAACCCUACAAUCAUCAGGACGCCAAGCUCAAUUUUACUCAACUAUGAAAAAAAAUUCAAGCAGAUUUUUCAGAAGAACGUCCUUAUGACUUUGGAGAUUCAUUAUGAGAUUUGGUAGCUGGCCUGUUGUUGUAUUCGUGGUGAUAUGUAAUGUCACAUAGAUUAGCAUCAUUCAGUGUCCAAUAAGCAAUAGUGUCCUAUGAAACACCCUGUCCAAAAAGAACAACACGCUUGGCUCAUCACACAAAUGGGAAAUGCCGACUAUGGUGUGAAAUGAACUGGUCCACAGCAGUUUUGAUUCUGUCCAGUAUGACACCUUUCGUCAUCCUGCACUUCUCAUCGUGGAGAAGUCGCAAGACUGCUUAGUUUCAUUGCACAGACGCAAGUUACAUUAGUGACCCCAUUCUUGUUUGUUUUGUUCAUUUUUAAAAACAGAUGUAUACUACUUUUUAAUGUUCAUAAAUGAUAUAGAUUAUUUUUGGAUGGUAU